UUUGAUCUAUUUCAUCAAUCGCCUCCAAAGUUUAUGAACUGAAUUUAUGCUAUGCAUUGGUCUUUCUUUCACUAGUAAAUAUUGCUUUUAAUUUGAUAUUUUGCAUUCUUUAAUUGUACUAGUGCUGAAUUGGUUCAUAUUUUAUCUAAGGUGAACGAGUGUGAGGAGGAAUGCGUUUCUUCAAUCGAUCUUCCAUAUCCUGUAAUCUCAUGAGCUCAAGAGUCGGGGCUCGUCAGUGGGAUUGGAUUUCUGCAAGAAGCUCACCAUCUCUCUUAGUUGAUGUGGAUCAUAGGGUUAGAGUUUGGACCCAAUUUGCUGUUUCCAUUUCAAGCCUUAAGGUCGUGUGGCGUAAGGAUCAUGAUUUGGAUGAGGCUAUCGAAAAUGACAAGGAAUGGAGGCUCUGUACCAAGGUUGUGAAGGAGGUUUUGAAUGAACCUGGACAGGUUAUUCCACUUCGUUACCUGGAGAAGCGAAGAGAAAGGUUGCGUCUCCAAGUUAAGGUCAAAACAUUCCUCAGUAAGUACCCUGGACUCUUCGAUAUCUACCUUGAUCGGAUCAAACCUAAAACUGAGCCUGUCCCAUUCGUCCGUGCCAGCGAUCGCCUCUGCCGGUUUCUUGACGAAGAGAAGCAUAUCAAAGCUGAGAAUGAGCAUUUAUUGGUGGCGAAGUUGUGUAAAUUGCUAUUGAUGUCCAGAGACAGAGUGGUAAGCGCCGAUAAAUUGGUUCACGUCAAGAGGGAAUUUGGGUUCCCUGAUGAUUUCUUGUGUAGUAUGGUGCCCAAAUACCCACAAUUCUUUAGGUUGGUUGGGAGCCCUGGUGAGGGAAAAUCAUUCUUGGAAUUGGUCUCCUGGAACCCAGACUUCUCUCAGUCAGUUAUAGAACAAAGAGCAGAGGAAGAGUCCAGGUUAACAGGGAUCCGAGUCAGGCCUGCCUUUAAUGUCAAGCUUCCUAAAGGUUUCUUCCUCAGGAAAGAAAUGAGAGAAUGGACCAGAGACUGGAUGGAGCUUCCCUAUAUAUCGCCUUAUGCUGAUGCUUCACAGUUGGAUCAGGCUUCUCCAGAGAUGGAGAAGAGGACAGUGGGACUUUUCCAUGAGUUGCUUUCGCUGUCCAUCCUCAAAAGGAUGCCUGUGCCAAUAUUGGGCAAGUUCAGUGAGGAGUAUCGGUUCUCCAAUGCAUUUGCUGGUGUUUUCACGAGGCACUCAGGAAUCUUCUACAUGUCCCUAAAAGGUGGAAUCAAAACUGCUAUGCUUCGUGAAGCCUACCGGAGUUCUGAGCUGGUCGGUCGCGAUCCUUUGCUUGUAAUUAAAGAUAAGUUCAUUGAACUGUUGGCUGAAGGGCGCCUUGAAAGAGCAGAACAACUGAAACUGAGGAAAGAAGCAAUUCAGAAGGAUAUGGAAAUGGCGGCAAUUAAGAAUUUGGAAAUACCAUCUGACGGGCAAGAAGAUGGGUAGCAGUUUCUUCCUCUGCUUCACAAAGAGCGCAGCUGCUGGCACAUGGAAGCCCUUGCUCUUGAGGUUGUCAACCGUCGGCACUUUUCCAAAGCUUGAAGCUAGUCAAAAUCUUCUACAUGUGGUAGCAUUGUUUUCCCCCAAAUGUGUCUGAGAUCUGAGACAAUCAGGCCGAUAGGGACAAGCUGCAAUUAGAAGGAUCUAACAAGAGAUUUGCAAAUUGUGAUGGCUCCCAAAGUGUGUUCUUAUUCCUGGUUAUUAAAUAUAAUAAUGUAAUACAAGAAAUAAAUUCAAUACUCUGCCACGAAACUGAAGGUACACUCAAUUUUAUAAAAUUUUGUCCUGUAUCUUGCUUGA